AUGGCGCCUUCCCUCGUUGACCUGGACGUGUUUCUCGCCGAUCCGACGUCUCCUGCUGCCCUCGAUGAGGCCCGGAAAGCCGCCGAAUCCCUGAUCCUCACUGGCGCUCUCGUCGUCCGUGACUCGCGCGCGCCCGCCGAAGCCAAUGACAGAUUCCUCGACUUGUUCGAGGACUACUUCGCUCUGCCAGAUGAGCAGCUGAGGAAAGACGAGCGCCCAGAACUCGGGUACCAGGUCGGUGUCACGCUGGAGAACACGGAGAAGCCGAAGUGCAGCCGCGACGACGAGUGCCAGGCCGUCAUUGCGGGACUGGAGCCUUCAGAACGUCCGCUCGACAUGAGCGGAGACCAUGCCGAUCCCAAGUGCCGGUUCCCGUACUCUACUGCGCCGAAUGUAGUGCCAGAGGCGCUCAAGGAGACUUGGGAGGGAAGGGUUGAUGAGUGGGGAGGUUUCCUCAAGCAGGCGUGUCGCCCGGAUGGUGGCUGUUGGCCUCGGACUGGAAGAGACGGCGUUCACCGACGCAGGUCGUUACGGGUAAGCAAGCUACCGCCUUCGGCUGAGCUGACAGGAAGAUCUCAUCUGCUCGCACCAACAGCGACUGAUUUGGGGAAGUACGGCCAUCUCAACACGUUCGUACCUCCAGCAAGAUCUCGAGCUGACAACAGCAUCUAUGCUGGCUUCCACACUGACCUGAACUUCCUGACUAUUCACGGACAGUCGAGGUACCCGGGACGGCAGCGUAUUCCUGCGAAGGUCCCCGAGGGCUGUCUGCUGGUACAGGCUGGCAAGCAGCUCGAGUGGCUCAGCGGCGGUUUGAUCAAGGUAAUCUGCAAUGAGGCUACACUUGCGUACCCAGAGCGACCACUGAUCCGUAUCUCCUCAACAUUCUUCUGGCACCUGACGCCGGACUACCAUCUCGCUGCUUUGCCAGAGCUUCGCAAGCGCGCCGAGGAUCGCUUUGGCGCUCAGAAGUCGUACGGCGAGAUGCUCGUUGGCGACCAAGUACGACAGUGA